UUCAGACAGAAGCCUUGUAUUAUAAGACAAUGGCUCAUACAAAUAUGUAGCACUUUCUCUUCCUUUGUUGUUUAAGUAUUUUCACUCUUCUUCUUCCCUUUUCCCCUUCUGCAAGGCAACUUUACAAAUUAUAAAAUUCAGUUCAUAAGGAAGAGAGAGUCUGCCUUUCUAAAUGUUUCAAGGUCUUUUCUGAUCAAUCAGCCUGCAAUUUCAAUUAAUUUUUUUUCCAUUCUUUGCAUGUGUGCCAAACAGCUCUCAGUAAAUAACAUGUCCCAGAGCCACCUCUGAACCAAAGGUUGCAUAUUAAUUCUCCUUCCUAAUGUUGCCAAGGAUGAUUCCCAGCUAUAAUCCAAAUGACAAUGAAUAUGGUUUGAAGCUUUUGGAGGACCUGACAACAAAUGCAUAUGAAGUACAGCAACAGGUUUUAGAAGAGAUACUUACAAAAAAUGCAGAGACAGAAUAUCUCAGUGCCUUUCUCAAUGGCCACUAUGACAGGAAAGAUUUCAAGAAGAAAGUUCCUGUUGUGAGUUAUGAAGAUGUCAAGCCUUACAUCGAGCGAAUUGCGAAUGGAGAGCCAUCAGAUAUCAUCUCAGCUCAAAAAAUCACUGAGCUCCUCACAAGCUCUGGAACUUCAGGAGGGCAGCCUAAGAUGAUGCCUUCAACUGUUGAAGACUUGGACAGAAAGACAUUCUUUUAUAAUCUCCUUGUGCCUGUGAUGAACAAGUAUGUGGAUGGCUUGGACCAGGGAAAAGGAAUGUACCUCUUGUUUAUCAAACCAGAAAUUAGUACUCCUUGUGGGUUGGUGGCAAGGCCUGUCCUAACCAGCUACUACAAGAGCAGUAACUUCCGAAACCGUCCUUUCAACCGGUACAACAUCUACACAAGCCCAGAUGAGAUCAUCUUGUGCUCAGACAGCAAGCAGAGCAUGUACUGCCAGUUACUUUGUGGUUUAGUUCAGAGGGAUGAAGUCCUGAGGGUGGGUGCGGUUUUUGCAUCCGCUUUCCUAAGGGCUAUCAAAUUCUUAGAGGACCACUGGAAGGAGUUGUGCUCUAACAUAGGAUCAGGUCAUGUCAGUGAUUGGAUCACUGACCUCAGUUGCAGAAAUGCUGUGUCCUUAGUUCUUAGCAAACCAAAUCCAGAUUUGGCCAAUUUGAUUGAGCAUGAGUUUAAUAACAAGUCAUGGGAAGGUAUAGUCAAGAGGCUUUGGCCUAGAACAAAGUACAUUGAGGUUAUAGUCACAGGGUCCAUGGCUCAAUAUAUCCCAACUCUUGAAUUCUAUUCUGGUGGAUUGCCUUUGAUUUCAACAAUGUAUGCUUCCUCUGAAUGCUAUUUUGGGAUCAAUUUCAACCCACUAAGCAAGCCACAUGAUGUUGCUUACACCCUCCUUCCUAACAUGGCCUACUUUGAGUUCCUACCUGUGGAGAAACACCAUGAAGAGGUAGCCCUUUGCAAUGGUGUUUCUGAUCAAAGUUGCAUAAAGGAGGAGGAAAAGGAAAAUCUAGAAACAGUUGAUCUAGUGGAUGUGAAGCUUGGUCACUAUUACGAACUUGUCGUCACAACUUUUACAGGCCUAUACAGGUACAGAGUUGGUGACAUUCUAAUGGUGACUGGUUUCCACAACAAAGCUCCUCAGUUCAGAUUUAUGCACAGGAGAAAUGUGGUUUUAAGCAUUGACACUGACAAAACCAAUGAAGAAGACCUUUUAAAUGCAGUGACAAAAGCAAAGCUCCUCCUGGAUCCCCUUGGCUUCCUCCUGAUCGAAUACACAAGCUACGCAGACACUUCCUCAAUCCCGGGCCAUUAUGUACUGUUUUGGGAGCUUAAAACCAAAGAAAAAAAUGACCUCAUAGAGCUUGACACUAAUAUAAUGGAGCAAUGCUGCUCCACAGUGGAAGAAUCACUGGACUCUGUGUAUAGGAGGUGCAGGAGAAAGGACAAUUCAAUUGGGCCACUAGAGAUAAGAAUUGUGAAGCAUGGAGCUUUUGAUGCACUCAUGGAUUUUUCUGUGUCUCAGGGCUCUUCUGUUAACCAAUACAAGACACCCAGGUGCAUUAAAUCUGAGGAAGCCAUUAAGAUUUUGGAUUCAAGGGUGGUGGGAAGAUUUUUCAGUAAAUCAACUCCUCUCUGGGAGCCAUUUAGAAUGGAGACUAAAUAAAUGACAAGAAAAAAAAAACAUGGUGAAAUUUACUUUGGUCAUCUUUUAGACUCUGGCAUUGGCAUUAUGUGGGCCAUCCAGGAUUAAUUUCCCUAGCAUUGUACUAAGAACCAUUUAUGAUUUGAUCUGUAGAAGUUCUAAUAUCAUUCUGUGUUUUCCCUCUCAUUGUGUAUGUUG